AGAGAUGGUGAGGAGGAGGAGGAGGGAGCAAGACACCCGACAGACGUACUGAUCACCUCCGCCCUCUCCAUGCUGCAUCAGUUGUUCUGGCACUGCCCCGAUACAGCUCGGCCUGAGGCUCGGACAGCCGGCGCCCCUGUUCGUUUGGCCGGUCUGCUCGAGUCAAACAGCAGACUCCAAGAACCCAAGUGGAUUGCGGUCUGCGGCGACGCCAUUCGAAUGCUGGCCUAUGAAGACCCGCCCACGAAGGUGGGUUAUACCAGCACCAUUGAGGCGUAUCUGGUCAUGCUGUCUGGUGGGCCGGUUAUUUUGAUAGCGGUUGAUUAUGUAACUGUUCGUGUCGGUUUCCACAGUCCAACCAUGCUGAGCGCCCAUCUCUUUUUCGUACAGCUCCAGUCGGAAUGGCGCCCUACUAUGAAGAUGCUUUCACAUGGAAGACGCAAACCAAUCGUUCUUCGCCCGGGAACCAUCGCGAUAUCAUUUAUUCAUUGCUAA